CCCGUCUCUCGAACCCCACUCGCCAUCUUCCCCGCUCCCUCCCCUUCUUUUCUCUUUGGAAGCUUCUCCACUCUACACCAACCCGGCCAGGCGGUCUCAGGCCGCGCCCUCCAGGGAGCCCCGCGCCGUACGGGCUCGGCCGGAGGAGGAGGAGCGGGGAACGGGCGGUGGAGUUCCCGGAUCGCGUGGAGGAGCCCGCGGGGACGGGGCUGGGCGGUUGAUCCCUUUGGCCUCCAUGCUCGUGGCGGCCGGAUCAGUUCAUCCUUCGAGCCGAGGUCGCUGCUACUGCUAAAGUGCUAAGUGCAGGCAGAGGCGCUCAGGCGCAGGAGGAAGAGGCAGCGUCAGAGACGCCACCACCCACGCGGACGGCAAUAAUGGACGGCCGCCACCCGCCGCCCUCCCACCAGGCGCCGGCAGCGCAGCCGGAGCGGCACGGCAGCUUCAACUACGACAUCGAGAACACGGACGCGGCGUGGCGCGGCGCGCACACGGCCUCGGAGGCGCUGCUGCGGUACGACGACGACGGCCCGCGGGAGCCGCUGCUGCGGAAGCGCACCAGGAACACUACCUCCCAGAUCGCCAUCGUCGGCGCCAACGUCUGCCCCAUCGAGAGCCUCGACUACGAAAUUGUGGAAAAUGACCUUAUCAAGCAAGAUUGGCGAUCAAGAAAGAAGCAGCAAAUAUUCCAGUAUAUUGUUCUGAAAUGGUCCUUAGUUCUUCUCAUUGGCUUGUGUACGGGACUUGUUGGCUUCUUCAACAACCUUGCGGUUGAAAACAUUGCUGGGUUCAAACUGUUGCUGACAGGUGAUCUAAUGCUCAAGCAGAGGUACAUCACAGCCUUUCUGGCAUAUGCAGGCUGCAAUCUAGUCUUGGCAGCAAGUGCUGCAGCAAUCUGCGCUUACAUUGCUCCUGCUGCUGCUGGGUCUGGUAUCCCUGAAGUUAAAGCAUACCUUAAUGGAAUUGAUGCUUAUGCUAUAUUGGCUCCUAGUACACUCUUUGUGAAGAUAUUUGGUUCAAUACUUGGAGUUUCAGCUGGAUUUGUACUUGGAAAGGAAGGUCCGAUGGUACAUACAGGAGCAUGCAUUGCCAACUUGCUUGGUCAAGGGGGGUCACGCAAAUACCAUCUUACAUGUAACUGGCUCAGAUAUUUUAAGAAUGAUAGAGAUAGGCGGGAUUUGAUUACUUGUGGGGCUGCUGCUGGAGUUGCAGCAGCAUUCCGUGCACCUGUUGGUGGUGUGCUCUUCGCUCUUGAGGAAGCAGCAUCAUGGUGGCGAAGUGCUCUCCUGUGGAGAGCAUUCUUUACUACUGCUGUUGUUGCUGUUGUAUUGAGGGGCCUGAUCCAGUUCUGCCGUAGUGGAAAAUGCGGUCUCUUUGGUCAAGGAGGAUUGAUUAUGUUUGAUCUUAGCUCAACCAUACCUACUUACAGUACACAAGAUAUGAUCGCAAUCAUUGUCCUUGGAAUAAUCGGAGGGGUCUUUGGAGGCCUGUUCAACUUUCUCUUGGAUAGGAUUCUCCGCGCCUACAGUUUUAUCAAUGAGAAAGGUGCUCCAUACAAGAUCCUUCUUACUAUCACAAUAUCGAUUAUCACAUCAGCAUGCUCCUACGGGCUCCCUUGGCUCGCUCCAUGCACUCCGUGCCCAGCUGAUGCCGUGGAGCAGUGUCCCACCAUUGGACGCUCUGGGAAUUUUAAGAAUUUUCAGUGCCCAGCAGGUUACUACAACGGUCUUGCAUCACUCUUCUUCAACACAAAUGACGAUGCCAUCCGCAAUCUGUUCAGCAGUGGCACCGAGAAAGAAUUCCACAUGUCCACUCUUUUUGUCUUCUUCACUGCCAUUUACUGCCUUGGCCUUGUGACAUAUGGUAUUGCUGUCCCAUCUGGUCUCUUCAUCCCUGUUAUACUUGCUGGGGCUACGUAUGGACGCAUAGUGGGGACGCUUCUUGGUCCAAUAUCAGACCUUGACCCUGGACUCUUCGCCCUUCUUGGUGCGGCAUCUUUCCUUGGUGGAACAAUGAGGAUGACUGUCUCAGUUUGUGUGAUACUUCUGGAGCUCACAAAUGACCUCCUUAUGCUCCCAUUGGUCAUGCUCGUCCUUCUGAUAUCGAAGACUAUAGCCGACAGCUUCAACAAAGGGGUUUAUGACCAGAUCAUAGUGAUGAAAGGAAUGCCGUUCCUGGAGGCUCAUGCCGAACCAUACAUGAGGCAGUUGGUUGCUGGCGAUGUUGUAUCUGGGCCACUGAUCUCCUUUUCAGGCGUUGAGAGAGUAGGGAACAUUGUUCAGGCGUUGAGGAUCACAGGACACAAUGGAUUUCCAGUGGUGGAUGAGCCACCUCUAUCAGAAGCUCCAGAGCUCGUUGGGCUCGUGCUUAGGUCCCAUCUGCUGGUCCUGCUGAAAGGCAAGGGCUUCAUGAAAGAGAAGGUGAAAACCAGUGGUAGCUUUGUGCUGAAAAAGUUUGGCGCCUUUGAUUUUGCCAAGGCUGGAUCUGGAAAAGGUCUGAAGAUUGAGGACCUUGAUUUCACAGAUGAGGAAAUGGAUAUGUAUGUUGAUCUCCAUCCAAUUACAAAUACCUCACCAUACACCGUGGUUGAGACCAUGUCCCUUGCAAAGGCUGCGGUCCUUUUCCGGGCACUAGGAUUGAGGCACCUGUUGGUUGUGCCAAAGACCCCAGGGAGACCACCAAUUGUUGGAAUCCUCACAAGGCACGAUUUCAUGCCGGAGCACAUUCACGGGCUAUUCCCGAAUCUCCACAAGUCACACUGAGGAAAGAAUUCAGUACAUGUUUUGUUUGCUAUUUGUUUCCUGGUAGCUUAGCUGUACGCAGAGAAAGCUGCCUUGUGCAAUAUUUGCUGAUUGACUAAGUCAUGUGUGUGUUGGGUGUUCUAUCUAUCCAUCUAUCUAUGUGUCAUGCUCCUUAGACGCUCUCCAGAUACUCUUUAGAUCCUUUGCUUAGCUUCUAAGCCAUCUAACCAUGGUUGGCCUAUAUGUACCCAAAACCCCUUUGUGGGAGUGGUUAAUGGAAAAGAUCAACUUGAGCCAACAAUUGGUAUUCAGAGCCUAAUUUUCUUUCCCACCUACCCUCUCAUCUCUCCUCUCCCCCGUGCUACUCUGUUUAUGCCCGUACACCUGAGCACCAACCCUAGCCCGCGGUGGGCCACCAAGCGGCGGCGGCGGUGGCGAAGACGAGCCUCUCCGGCAAGAUCCAGCUGGCGGGGUCCUUUCCCCACCUAUCCCUCACACGGAUCCGGCGGUGGCGGGCGUUUCCUAUGGCGGAUUGGGUGCCAGCAACUCGGUUCCUCGGGCGGCGGUGGCUCGGGCGGCAGCGUGAUUUGGGGUGGCGGCAUCACCCUCUCCCUCAACUCCUUCUCGACAUGGUAGGCUCCCGGCGGUCGGCGCGGGUGGCGCUAGCCCGGCGGCUGGUGCGGCUUCGGCGGCCAACGGGCGGCCGGCGCACCGUCAGUGGCCCCAAUCUGCUCCCUGACGCGCUCGCAUGCCUCCUCUUGUGGCUCGAUGACGUCCAGUGCACGGAGGAGGGCGGCGGCGGAGCGGCGUGAGGAGGAGGCGGCGGAGGAGUGGUGCCGGGCGCGGUGUGCGACUGCUGCGCGUGAGGAGGCUACGGCGGUGAAGGCGUGGCUGCACGACGCUGAGGCGCAGGAGGCGACUGCGGCUCGGGUAGCGCGCGCAACGAUCAUGGAGACCGCAGCGGCGCGCGCAGUCGAGGCAGCCCGCCUCGCCGACGAGGAGGCACAAGCAGCAGCGGCGGCCGCUACCCAACUGCAUCUAAAGGCGGACCGGCUGCGCGAGGAGGUGGAGGCGACGCGCAAGAUGGCGUGGCGCGACGCGGAGGAGCUGAGGCGCACGUCGCAGGGCGACCCUUCCGAGCUGGACGAGGCGGACCGGCGACGGGAUGCGGUGGUGAACCGGUUGGUCUAGGAUAUUACGUCGAGGCGCGGACGGCGGGCGUCCUCGGAGCAGGAGGAGCUCCGUCCACAAGUCCGGCCUCGACUCCUACUACGACUCCGACCUUGACUCCGGGCACCGACCCAUGAAUGUUGUGAAGACCAUCAUCCGGGAGUCCGUCGGCAGCAUGCAAUGUUCGAUGUUGACGAAGACCAACUACAUGGAGUGGUCCUCGGUGAUGAAGGUGAACCUCCAAGUGCGGGAGAUGUGGGACGCGGUAUAGUACAACAAUGUCGACAACCACGAGGAUCGGCGAGUGCUCGAGGCGUUGCUUGCCGCGGUCCCGCUGGAGAUGGCGGCGAACCUCUCGGGGAAGAGGACUGCCAAGGCCGCUUGGGACCCUAUCACUGCGGCCUGAGUUGGCAGCGAUUGCGCUCGCAAGUCCAUUCUGCAGAAGCUUCAGCAGGAGUGGGAUCGUCUAGCUUUCGAGCCGGGCGAGGACGUCGAUGACUUCAUCCUCCGCCUCUCCUGCCUGAUGCAGCGGACGGAGCGGUACGAUGAUGACGAGAUCAACGAGGAGAAAGCCGUUGCAAAGUUUCUGCAUGUCGUUCUGAAGAAGUACUCGCAGCUCACUAUCUCUAUCGAGACGCUGCUCGACCUCUCAACGUUGUCGAUGAGGAGUUGACGGGGUGACUCAAUGCGGUCGACGACCGCGAGGAGCUGACGUCUGGUGGGCCUAUCACCAUCGGUGGCAAGCUCCACCUCACUGAGGAGCAGUGGCUCGCCCGCCAGAGGUAGCGGAAGAAGGGGGAGCCUUUUUCCUCGAUAGGCGGCUGCAAGCGCGGCAAGCCACACAAGGCGCCCAAGGCGCGAGGAGGCAUUGAGGGCAGGGCACAAGGAGGCACCGAGGGUGGUACCGUCGAUGAGCGCAAGCCGACACGAGACGACAAGUGCCACAAUUGUGGCAGGAUUGGCCACUGGGCCAGGGAGUAUUGCCAGCCGAGGCGCGGCUAGGCCGACGUCACGCAGGGUGAGAAGGAGAAGGAGCCGGCUCUAUUCCUGGCUCAUGGGAGCAUUGAGCUACUUCCAGCGGCAUCGGCCGCGAUGGCUCUCCUCCACCUCGACGAGCCGCUCGCACACAUUUUCCUCAGCGACGACAAGAUCAACGGCUUGCACCACAUGACCGGGCAUAGGGAGUACUUCUCCGACCUAAACGUCGACGUACAUAGCUCCGUCAAGUUCGGUGACUCUUCGGUGGUGGACAUCAAGGGCAUGAGCUCCGUCGUUCUCGUCGCCAAGGCUGGCGAGCACUGACUCCUCACUGGAGUCUUCUACAUCCCCGCGCUAAGAAACUUAACAAUCAGCCUUGAACAGCUGGAUGAGAGUGGCUCGCACGUGGAGAUCGACGGCAGAGUGCUCCGGAUCUGGGAUCAACGACAGCGCCUACUCGCCAAGUUGGAGAGAGGGAGCAACCACCUUCACGUCCUCUACGCGGAGGUGGCGUAGCCCCUCUGCCUUGCUACUUGCCGCGAUGACGAGGCUUGGCGGUGGCACGAGCGCUUUGGGCACCUCCGCUUCGAAGCCCUGAAGCAGCUCAGCACCAAGGAGAUGGUGCAGGGCAUGCCGUGCGUCAACCAUGUGGAGCAGCUCUGCGACACCUGCGUCAUGAUCAAGCAGAAGCAAUACCCUUUCCCUCGCCAGGCGAGCUUCCGAGCCAAGGAGCAGCUCGAGCUCGUGCACAGCGAGCUCUACGGUCCGGUGACGCUGGCUACACCUGGAGGGCGACGCUACUUCCUACUACUUGUCGACGAUGUCUCCCGGUACAUGUGGGUGGUCCUCCUUGACACCAAGGGAGCUACUGCAGACGCCAUCAAGCACGUUCAAGCUGCUGCGAAGAAUGAGUGCAACCGCAAGCUGCUGCGAAGAAUGAGUGCAACCGCAAGCUGCUGCAAAGGACGAGUGCGACCGCAAGCUGCGCGUGCUUCGUACCGACAACGGCGGCGAGUUCACGGCGGCUGAGUUCGCGUCGUACUGCGCGGACAAGGGGAUCCAGCGCUACAACUCCGCACCGUACACCCUGCAGCAGAACAACAUCGUCGAGCGGCGCAACCAGACGGUGGUGGCCAUGGCCCGAGUCCUCCUCAAGUAGAGGAGGAUGCCGACCAUCUUCUGAGGAAAGGCGAUGCUGACGGCCGUCCACAUCCUCAACCGCUCGCCGACCAAGGCCCUCGACGGUAUGACACCAUACGAGGCUUGGAAUGGGCGCAAGCCGGCGGUCGCUCACCUCCGCAUCUUCGGCUACCUCACGUACGUCAAGGAGCUAAGCCACGUCGGCGAGCUCGACGACAGGAGCACCCUAGAGGUGUUCAUUGGUUACGCUGAGGGGGUGAAGGCCUACCGCAUCCUCGACUCGGAGACACAGCGUGUGUGCAUGGCGCGCGACGUUGUGUUCGAUGAAGGACGAGGUUGGGCAUGGGGCAAGAUGGUGGAUGACAGCUUGACUUCGACGUACGACAACUUCACCAUCAACUACGUCCACUUCGAAGGAGUUAGGGGAGUGGACAGCUCUUCUUCGCGAGCGUGCCUACCCCAGUCCACGGGUCUCCACCCACUCCGGCGAGUACUACUCCGGCUGCGACGAGCUCUCCACCACCACCACCACCAGCACAGCCGGCCACGCCGCACUCUCCUGUGCCGGCACCUACUUCUUCGGGCACGCCUGCAUCAGCACUGGCUCACGAUGAGCAUAGCCCGGUGGAGUUCGCCACUCCGCUCUCUCGAUGAGGACCACGUCAACGCGUACCACGACGGCGAGCCUCUGAGGUAUUGUACCAUGGAGGACAUCCUCAGCGACCAGCCAGUGCCGGGAUUGAUACCUCACGACUUGGAGGCGGAGCUGCACCUCGCGUACGAUGACGGUGAGCCUCGCUCCUUCGCUAAGGCUGAGGGACACGCGGCAUGGCGUGCCGCGAUGAAGUUGGAGAUGGAAGCUGCUGAGAAGAACCGGGCUUAGGAGCUAGCUGAUCUUUCUCUCGGUCACCGUGCGAUCACCUUUUGUGGGUGUACAAGCUGAAGAAGGAUGAAGUUGGUGCUAUUGUCAAGCACAAGGCUCGCUUGGUGGCACGCAGGUUCGUGCAGCAGGAGGGGGUCAAUUUUGACGAUGCCUUCGCUCGUGUUGCACGGAUGCAGUCUGUGCGUCUCCUCCUUGCGCUGGCUGCCCAGGAGGGCUACGUCCACCACAUGGACGUCAAGUCGGCGUUUCUCAACGGCAACGUGAAGGAGGAGGUCUAGGUCCACCAGUCGCCGGGAUUUGUCAUCCCUGGCAAGGAGGACAAGGUGUUGCGCUUGCGCAAGGCCCUCUACAGCUUGCGGCAGGCACCGCGAGCUUGGAAUGCCAAGCUGGAUUCCACCAUGAAGACUAUGGGCUUCGAGCAAAGCCCAUACGAGGCGGCCAUCUACCGGCGGGGCAACGGAGGCAAUGCCCUGCUUGUGGGCAUCUACGUCGACGAUUUGGUGAUCACGGGCACCAAGGACGAGGAGGGGAGGCAUUCAAGGAGGAGAUGAAGGCUGCCUUCCAAAUGAGCAACCUGGGGCCUCUCUCCUUCUACCUGGGGAUCGAGGUGCACCAGGACGACUCCGACAUCACACUUCGAAAGACCACCUACACCAAGCGCAUCAUUGAGCUGGGUGGGCUCACUGACUGCAACCCUUGUGGUACACCAACCGAUUGAGGAGAGGCUGAAGCUAAGUCGCGAUAGCACAGCUGAGGAGGUGUAUGCUACACAGUACCGAUGCCUUGUGGGGAGCCUUCGCUACCUCACCCACACACGACCGGACUUGGCAUUCUCCGUCGGCUACAUUAGUCGGUUCAUGCAGCGACCGAUGAUGGAGCACCAGCAGGCUGUCAAGAGGAUCCUCCGCUACGUCGCGGGGACACUCAACUACGCCCUCCACUAACGAGGUGUCCUGGGGUGGCACACUUCAUCGGCUACAGUGAUAGCAACCACGCUGGUGACAUUGACACCAGCAAGAGCACGAGCGGGAUGCUCUUCUUCCUUGGCAAGUGCCUCGUCAGCUGGCAGUCGGUCAAGCAGCAGGUGGUGGCCCUGUCCAGCUGUGAGGCCGAGUACAUCGCUGCUUCUUCCGCUUCGACUCAGGCUCUCUGGUUCGCUCGGCUGCUCGGUGAUCUCCUUGGCAAGGACGCUGAAGCAGUGGAGCUUAGGAUGGACAUCAAGUCUGCUCUGGCUCUAGCGAAGAAUCCCGUCUUCCACGAGCGAAGCAAGCACAUCAGAGUGAAGUAUCACUUCAUCCGAGGUCGUUUGGAGGAAGGGAGUGUCAGGACGAACUGCAUCAGCACCAAGGAUCAACUCGCCGACCUUCUUACCAAGUCUCUUGGAAGGAUCAAGUUCCAAGAACUUUACUCUAAGAUUGGGAUGGUCCACGUGCCGCUCAAGACACACUAGACUUAGGGGGAGAUUGAUAGACUAAGUCAUGUGUGUGUUGGGUGUGCUAUCUAUCUAUCUAUGUGCCUGUACGCACCUUAUCUACUUAGAUGCUCCUUAGAUGCUCGUCAGAUGCUCUUUAGAUACUUUGCUUAGCUUGUAAGCCACCUACCCAUGGUAAGCCUAUAUGUACCCCAAAAUCCUUUUGUAGGAAUGGUUAAUGGAAAAGAUCAAUUUGGGCCAACAUUUGCUGCCCCCGUCUAGCAUUUUGUUUGUCCUUUUUGUAUUUAUUCUGGAGUACUCCAAAAUCUCAAAACUGUUGAAUAAUAUUGUAUUCGUUGUAAAGAGCUGAUUACCCCAUCCGCAAUUGAGUGGAUUUUUGUAGUUCAUCCUCUUGUCGAUUUUCAACAAUAAUUUUGCAGUAUUCUCAUGUUUGUCUUCAGCCGUGUGCUUCUCACGCUCCUGAAGUGAGUAGAGGGCGCUUACUUUUGCCCUUUAACCUCUGUCAAAGUCGAUCUGUUGUCUUUUCGUGCAGAUAGUUCAUAGUUUUAAGUACUUUGUUGUGCAUAUAUUGACUUACUGAUUACUAACAUGUUGACCCGCAACCAGAAAACAAGCAGUCUUUAUGCGGAAUAUAAUGGCUAAAGCUCAAACAUUAUCUGUCAAGCUUGCUUUUUUUAAAAGAAAAAACUAUCCGUCACGAAAAUGCCGUUGCUUGCAGGGAAAACGGAUCAGCGAAAGACGACACCGUAUUUGUUGCUAUCACAUGUCCAGGAUCUCUCGAGAUCCCCGGAAAUUCGCCAGGAUCCUCCGACGGUGACGCGGGUGGCAUCUGUUGAUCAACAACCAAAACAUCACGGGGUCCCACAUGCCAGUGGCCCAGGACACGAACAAGAAGGUACCUGAGAACAGUGACAGCCUGACAGGUGGACGCCAUGAUGCUCCCCCUUGGAUUCUGCCAUUCUGGCAUGUGGUGGUGUCUCACCUGCUCAAAAUGCCGUUUUUUAUUGAGAGAAGCUCAUCACUCGCCAUGGACCAGCCUCGGCCUUCUUUUUUUUUUUGUGUGUGUGUGUUUUCUGUGCGGGUUUGCAUCAGCAUGCCGAUUGCGCCAAGGAAAAAGCUGCAGGGUUACAGCCCAUGUGAGCAAACAGGAUUAGGCCAUCAUGUUGAGACUGCCAGAUGAGCUCCUACAUCCUACAAGGGCAUAUGAGUGCAGCUAACUCUGCGGGAUUUUUUUGUUGUUGAUGAUGGUAUAUGUUGGUAUGGGAGGCAACACAGAUGCUUUGCUUGCCUUGUGCCUUGCCUUUCACGAGAGGGCAGGCAAAAGAUCCUUGCGGUUUCUUGUCUCAGAGCUGACCUGCUUGCUUACUUGUAGGAUAUAGCCGUAGCAACCAAACACUACUAGGAUAUGUUGGUAAUUUAGGAUGGAUGGAGUAAUAUAUUGACAUAAACAUAGUUUUUAAA